AGUAGCUUAUCUGAGGUGCAGUUCAAGUCGCAUUAAUUCUGACCUGGCCUUUUCCCACUUCACUUGUGGUACAGAUCUAAUAUAUGGGUUAUAAUGUGAACGAGCUGCCCCCCAUCGUCCACCCGAGCUCUGUGCUCCAGUGGGGUGAGCAGCAGCUCAGGUGUAGCAUUGCCUUCUCUUGCCCCUCGUGGGGCUGCUGCCUGCUCAUGGCUGGAGCAGCAGGCGUUGCUCCCCUCGCCGCAGCCCCCAGCUGAGCCAGUAGCUUCCAGCCUUCGCCUUAUUUAUUGAGCUGACGGAUCUGUCCCCCCCAGCCCCCCCCAGCCCUCCCCAUCUCUUUUCUCUUCCAUUUCCCAAACUCAAAGCAAUACUCCGGGCGCUGUGCUGUGCUGUGAUACGGAGUGCCAUCGCCGGGGGAUCGCAGCUGUGCUACAGUGAACUGGAACUGGGGGGGGGGGGGCACACGAGCGGUGCGCCGGGGAGCGGUGCGUGGCACACUGUAGGGAGGGUUCCUAUUGUAAGGAAAAGGAGAAAAAAAAAGAGAGAGAAACAAGAAAAGAAAAAAAAAACAAACCACGUUUGUAUAAAGAUGUUAUUUUUGUACUACAUCCAACCUCCUCCUGCAUGUCGGCAAUAAAAGUUGGUACUGAGAGCCACGCGCUCGGUGAGCCGGGGGGAGCGGUGCCCCAUAGCCAUGCAGGGCGCCUAUCCUUGUGGGGCUGGGGGGGUUGGGGGGGGGGGAGCACAGCUGUGGGUCCCCACUGUUGGGCUGCAGUGCUAAGGGAGGAGCAGCGGUGUGGGUGCGAUUGCUGUGAAGCAGAAUGGUGAUGGUGGAGUCGGAGCGCGGGGAGCUGUGGGGCUCAGGACGGCCCCACGGCAGUGCUGUGUGUCUGAAGCACUGUGUGCAGUUCGGCCCAUCGCUCGGUGGUGUGCAGCCAAAGUGCGGAGGCUCCGCUGCCGUCCCGAUGCCCCACAUGCGCUGUCCCCCGGGGCGCUGAGCGCAGCCAUGGAGAGCCGCAAGCAGAACAUGGAGCUGCUGAGCAACAGCAUGGCUGCGUACGCACACAUCCGAGCCAACCCCGAGAGCUUCGGGCUGUACUUCGUGCUGGGCGUCUGCUUCGGGUUGGUGCUGACGCUGUGCCUACUGCUGCUGCGCAUCUCCUGCCGGCCCCGCGCGCAGCGCACGGCCCGGCCCGGCCCCGCCGACCUCAGCGAGGACGACGACGACGACGACGACGAGGACGAAGAGGAGGACACGGUGGACCGCGCCGCCUCCGAGUCGCUGCUGCCGAUGACGGAGAUCCCGUCGGAGUGCCACGGCCCCGGGGACGGCGCUCCGCCCGUCAACGUCUUCGCGUCGGCCGAGGAGUUGGAGCGGGCGCAGCGCCUGGAGGAGCGCGAGCGCAUCAUCCGCGAGAUAUGGCGCAACGGACAGCCCGACCUGCUGGGCGCCGACGCGCCGCGCCGCGGGCACUUCUACUGAGCGGCAGCCGCGGGGAGCGCACCCGGAGCGGGGCGGCACCGUCGGUUCCCUCAGCCGCCGCUGCGGGACGCGAUGCGCUUUGAGGCGUUGGUACGAAGCCGGGAGGGGGCCGAGCAGCCCCCACGGACGGGGCGGGGCUGCGGCUGCUGCCCACGGCGCGGCGCUCUCCUGCCCGGCUGCCGUCCCCCUUUCCGUUCCCACUGCCUUUGGCCGUGGCCUUUAUGGCACCGCCGGACGUAUCCCGGUGGGGUCGGAGCCGCUCCCGCUCCCCACAGCCCCCGCAGCUCCCGGCCCCGCUGCCCCUCCCUCCACCUCUACAAAAAUAGCUCCUUCCCCGCCGGAUCCAGAUGUUUUCCAGAUGUUCUCCCCGUCCCACGCCGGUGGCGCGAGGCCAAACUGCGCUGACGGCUGAGGAUGGGAAACGGUGCGGGGGUGGUGAGGAGGAGGAGGAGGAGGAGGAAGAGCCACGGCUCCCUGCUCUGCUCCCAGACAGCAGCCGGGCUGUCCGGGCCCUGCACUGCCCCAGCUGUGACUGUCAGCUACAGCAGGGAACGCUCAGCUACGAAACCACAGCAGAGCUGAGAGCCCCAACGCUGAGCGCGCAGCACACGGAGCUGCACAGAGCAGGAGAGGGUCAGGGAGGGCUCCCGCGCUGCAGCAGCGAAUGCUCCUUCAGAUGAAGGCCCUCUGAGUUGGUGACAUCGAACCCAUGGAAAGGGAGCGGGAUGUGACGCAGCCGCAGCCCAAACCCCACAGCCGAACUACCAACAGCGGGAGGGGCCGUUUCCUCCCCCAGCUGCCCCACGAGGCUGAAGGAGCAGCGAACACUGAGCACCUUUUGUUGGUUCGAGGGCUCAAAUUCCAGCGUGGAGGAAAACGCAGACCGCAAACCCAGGCGAGCAUCACCCCACACCACGCACAGCCCCUGCACGGAGCUGAGCCCUUCCUCUGCACUGACAGCAGCGGAAAAACCUUUCCUGAGCAGCAGCAGCAGCAGAGGCGGUGACCGAUGCAGCCCUUCCCGGCUGAUGGGCAGUGGAGGUUUAUUGCCGGAGUAAAGCUGGCAGCAGCAGCAGGAGGGCUGCGCCGCAGCACUGAAACACAGAAGCAAACCGUUACACCUACUCACUUUAUUGUGUUUUAUUUGCGUUAACAAAGGUCAGCGGAUUGCUAAAGAGGAGCCGUUCAAGUCAAAACGAGCCGAACUCUAUUGGUGUGUGCAGGGGGCGGGCACGGCCAUGGGGGAGGGGGAGGAGGGGUGGGGGUACAGCAGAGCACAGCCACGGCCUCAGCCCCAGCACUGCUGCCCCUUCUGCUGAGGAUGCUCAUUCCAAGCAGGAGCCUCAGAGCCCCGCGCGGUCGCCCCAAUGCAGCGCAGGAGGGGAUUUGCCUUCAUUUUGUUUUAUUUUUUUUUUAUAUAAAAAGAGGAAUAAAAAAAAGCCUGAAAAAAAUCCUCAUCGCUCUGAUGUUCGUAACCCGGGGAACGCUGAGGGGGCUUAGAAAACAGCGAGGGGGGGCUGAGAGGGGGUCGGAGCAGCAGGGGCACAACCAGGCAGGGCCGAACGCUGUACACAGUGCUGAGGAGGGCGGCUCUUUCUGCUCUCCUUUUGUUGCCUUUCAACCAAAUAAAGGGAGGGAGUCGUUUUUAAAAGGCCCGAAAAGUCAACGGUUACAUUAAAAA